AUGAGAGAGGUAAAGACAGCCGGGCUCAUCUUCAUCUGUUUUUCAAUGCUUCACGGUUUUGUUGCAGCAUUAAACUGCUCCAGCCCAACUCCUGAAUCCUUUUUUGAUGCACUUGAGAAGGAACUACUUCCUAGAACACUACACCGACCUGUAAAAAGCUUCUCAGAUACAAUGAACGUAUCCAUCGAAAUAACUGUGGUGGGAAUUAUAGGAGUGAAUGAAAAAGAACAGUCCUUGACAACAUUUAUAUGGCAGGUCCUGGAGUGGCAUAUAGAGGGACUGAGCUGGGAUGAGGAGGAAUGUGGAACUACAAGAGUCUCUGUUCGUCGAGAAAAGCUUUGGAUCCCCGACAUCCAAAUCUCAGAGUUCAUGGAAGAGGAAAUGUCUCCCAAAUCUCCCUAUGUCUACCUAUACAACACAGGUUUUGUAUAUGAUGAUAAGCCGAUCAGAGUGGUCAGCUCCUGCCAAUUAGAAAUCUACAAUUUCCCCUUUGAUAUCCAAAAUUGCUCGCUGACCUUUGGAUCAUAUCUACACUAUGUUGAAGACAUAGCGGUGUUUCAAAGCGUCACAGUUGCAGAGAUACUGGAGGAGUCGAGACAAGUGAUAACCACCAGAGGGGAGUGGGAGCUUGUAGAUAUCAAAGCAUCUUCAACUUCCCUGGACAUAGAUGAUGGCAGCUACUCUGAGAUCAGAUACUAUAUAAUUUUGAGACGCAGGCCAAGCCUCUACGUGGUGAACCUCCUGAUCCCCAGCAUCUUCCUCCUCGCAUUGGACCUCUUCAGCUUCCUGCUGCCUCCCCAUAGCGUGGACCGUGGUGCCUUUAAGAUGACCCUCAUCCUGGGCUACACCGUUUUCCUGCUCAUCAUGAACGACCUGCUGCCUGUCACUGGGGAGUCAACACCUCUCAUCAACGUGUUAUUCUGCAUCAGUCUCGCUCUGAUGGUGGUCAGCCUGUUGGAGACAGUGUUUAUCACUAAUAUCCAGUUCACUUCCAGCCAGUACGGUGCGGCUCCUCACUGGCUCAGUGUCCUCGUGCUACGAUAUCUAGCUGUUGUUGUUCGUAUCCCUCCAGUAAAGAAGAGCAACCGCGUCACAGUCUCCCUUCAACCAACUGAUAGAGCAAUGAAUACCAGCAUCAUCCUUUUAAGAGAUCUUGAGCGCGUCGCUGGUGAUACACCGCCAGUGACACCCCCUCCGGAGCCGGCCCUGGAAGAACUGAGGAAGCUGAGCAGCGAUCUCAAAGCCAUCCGCCUCCAGAUGGACAAACACUUCCAGGGGAGUAAAACCUCGCAAGAAUGGCAAAUGAUAGGGAUAGUCAUUGACCGUCUGCUGUUCGGCUUGUACAUUGUCUUCGUCUUUGUCUGCAUAAUCACCAUCGUAAGUCUCUGGAUCUGCAGUAACGCGUACAUAGGUUGUCUUCAUGGGAGUGUUUAA